GCAGCCACGUCCUCAUUUUCUGGAAACUCGUCCAUCUUCUGUGGCACCGGAAUGGCCACAUAUGGCACUGGAAUCGCUCCUUUGUGCACUGCGACGGCUCCCUCUGGCCCUAGAACGGCUUCCCUUCGCACUGAAACGGCUUCUUUUCCUCCUAUAAUAGCUCCAGUUGCAUAUUCCAGAGCACUGGGUCCAACAAACCCGACUGCGGUUCAAGAUCGUCAGCAUCUAGCACAUCGGCUCCAACGCUCAGCCUUCAGCUGGGCUACGUAACCUCAUCGACUACUACCUCUGGGCCUUCGCCUACUGCGAGUAAAACGGGCAAAUGCGACAUGUACUUCUUCCAAUCGCGCCACACACUUCAAAGGAGUGAGCUAUCAGAAAUUCUCGGAAUACAGAUGUCCCGGCCCUUCGACCCAAAGUCUACUGAUCGUAGCUGGAGCUACGGAAGCGUUCUCGAGAAAGACUUGGCGGGCGUCGGAGUACUAAAGCUUGCAGAUCCCUUCUUGAAAGGUACUAUGGAUAUGAAAUACGUUCCCGGCCCAUGUUACGGUGCCUACGAUAUCCAGCUGACUUACGCGGGCGCCUCUUGGAUGAUGAGUGGGAAUACGACGAACUAUGAUAAUACGUUUAAUGGCACGGAUUACGCGACGGCUACGCAUGACGACUGUGGGUAUCUUGAUGGGGCGCCGUUUCCUGUGCCUCAGACUCCGCAUCGGAAUCAAGGGAAAACGCAACACCGACAAUUCAACUUUAGAUUCGAAUGCACCUACUACUCCUAGUGCGGUUGCGGGAUUGCAAGCGCUCCGUGUGAUUGGAGGAAGAUCUUCACGCAAUAAAGUGCGUGCCGUGUAGCACUGUAAUGAGCAGGAGUGGUUGAAAAGGGCUGAGCUGCAAGAUGCUCUACAAACACAGGCAGUAUCGACAUGCGUAUUGUAGACCUACAUGUCUUCGCACUUAAUCCUGCCUUGCUUUAGGAGAAUGCUUUGCGAGAAUUGAGUGGGUAGCUGUACUACGCUAUUUUGCGUUAAAAUGCGUUUAGCUUUCCAUUCCUCUACAGCAGUAUACUAUCGAGUCUAGUGCCACUAGCUUCAUGGAAUAGAUACACCACUCUCAAGAACAUACAAAACAAGAAGCCAGUGG